CACUCAUUGAGUUGUCUUGUUGAAGGAGGCAUCCUCAUCAAUUUUCUCCUCUUUCUUCAAUUUUAAUUUCAAUCAUCUGCAACCCUAGUGUUUUACUCUCUCUCUCUCUCGCUAUGACGAAGCAGCAAGCUAACUGGUCUCCUUAUGACAACAAUGGAGGAACGCGUGUUGCGGUUGCAGGUGGAGAUUACUGUGUAAUUGCUGCUGACACUAGGAUGUCCUCUGGCUACAACAUCCUAACUCGCGAUUACUCCAAAAUCAUUAAAUUGGCUCAUUGGGCCAUGUGGAGAUCAGUGGUCUUGACAGUAGAUAUCUCUUCAGACAUCACAAAGAAAGGUUACACCACUAAUUGGAAGGCUCAAGCUGAUUGGUAUUCGGGAAACAGACUGGUGUGUCACAGAGGAUACAACCACAAUCCAGUAACCUAUUUUUGUAAGUAAUGGUCCUUCUGCUCUUACUUGGCGGACCUUUUUUUCAUUGGAAAACGGCGUGCUUGUUUUAUAAGUAGCGUAUGAUAACAUACAUAAAAGGAAAUAUGAAUCACAAAUGGAGAAUCCAUCACAUCACAGGACUUUCAUAGGAGCUUCUUGAUUGACAAAUAUCAAAAGGAAUCUCUGUCCAUGGCUCACAAACACGACCUGAGCAAUAACUUGAUUAGGAUAAUGGAUGAUGAUAUGCACCUCUAGAAGUAUCGGAAAAGUUUUUUUGCCAUGUCCUCCUGGCAUCAUAUUUCAGCCUACACUUCUCUGCUCCCAAAUUUAAAAAGUUCAUUACUAAUGCUAAUCACGUUCUCCAGAAUAUUUUAAUGAUACCCACUACUGAAAUUUUCAACCUGUUGAGCCCUAUUAUUGCUUCAUUGCUUAAAAUUUCUUCAGUUCUACGUAUCUCGGGAAAACCACUUUUUGAAAUCAAACUUAGACUCUUUGUUGGAGCAAUGAAAAAGGUUGAAGAAUCAGCCGAAGAAUAAGACAAUGGAGUGAUUACGCAAAUGAUACAUAUUCCUUGUCUUGAUUUCCAAAUCUGGCUGCAAUCUCUUGGGGUGGUGUUACCCUAAUGAUGUAUAUUCCUUGUAUUGAUUUCCAAAUCUGGCUGCAAUAUCUUACCUUGACCCAUCCCUUCGCUGUCUCCUCCAGCGUUUCUGGACCCAUUUAUCUUGGUUAAUUUAGAUUUUGAAGCUCCUCUCCAUCUAUUGUUGCUAUCUCGAGUAACGUCGAUUCUUCACUAACAUCUGGGCAUUCACUGUGAAGUAUAAUUGCUGGGGAAUUUACUUCACUGUAAAGAUUUAUUCCAAGCUUUUCAUGGGAGUUUCUUCAGCCAUGACUGUCAAAAAAAAGAAAGAAUCAAAUGGGAAAUUUAUUAACUUGACAAUUUUAUUGCGCUAA